GUCAGCCGCCAUCGCCGUUAAUAUUUGUCGGUGCAGGGCUCUGUGAAGCAGUUGUUUGACAUACAAAAAAUUUGGAAAAAUCGAAAUCAGUGUAAUUUUUGCAAAACUUUUUUCGAAAAGCCGUGAAAAUAUUAAAAUAUUUAUUUAAAAAAUGGGCGAACAACCAAUAUUCACCUGCCAGGCGCAUGUCUUCCAUAUUGAUCCGAAGACUAAACGCACCUGGAUUACGGCCAGUAUGAAAGCAGUCAAUGUUAGUUUCUUUUACGAUUCUUCACGCAACUUAUAUCGCAUUAUAAGUGUUGAGGGUACCAAGGCGGUGAUAAAUUCCACUAUUACGCCCAACAUGACAUUCACACAGACAUCACAAAAGUUUGGCCAGUGGAGUGAUGUACGGGCUAAUACAGUUUAUGGUUUAGGCUUUUCUUCGGAAGCUGAAUUGACAAAGUUUGUGGAAAAAUUCCAAGAGGUUAAGGAAGCCACAAAAAAUGCCUUGAAAUCGGCUAAUGGCUCCGCCGCCGUGACGCCCACCACGUCGGCUAAUACAUCGCCCAUUAGUUCUAGAACCGCUGCUAUGCAACAAAAUGAUAAUGCUGCUAUGGUUGAUCCUCAUACUGUGGAACCGCCCAAUAUGUCAAAUACUAAUACUCAAAAUGCAAAUCCUGAUAGUCCAUCUCAUAAACUUUUAACGUCAACACCAGAAAUAAAGCCAGAACAUGUAACAGCUCCUUCCCCAGCACCAAUGGUUAAUGUUAGCUCUGGCGGUGGCAGUGGCGGCAGUGUAGUUGGCAUGCAUACUGGCAGUGGUCCACCCACGAGUGAACAACAAUUGAAAUAUGAAAAUGAACGUCUAAAGAUGGCUUUGGCUCAAAGCUGUGCUAAUGCCAAAAAAUGGGAAAUCGAAUUGGCUACUUUGAAAAAUAAUAACCUACGUUUGACUAGUGCUUUACAGGAAUCCACCGCAAAUGUAGAUGAAUGGAAACGUCAGUUGCAUACCUAUAAAGAGGAAAAUAUACGCCUUAAACGUGAAAUUGAAUUAAUUCGAGCUGGUGCUCCUGUACCGGCAUCCGUAGGUGGAGCCGCUAGUAAUGAAUUAGUUGAGGAGUUGAGACGUGAAUUGGCCGUUCUGAAAGCACGCAAUGAAUCAUUACAAAAUGAGCUUAUGAAUCAAGAACUAGAACUAAAAACUGCUAAUUUAAAUCUUAGAGAGAAAUGUAAUGAUCAAGCGAUGGCUAAAAUGAGUGAAUUGAAUGUUUUGUUUGCUAAACAUUUAUCAGAACUAUUUGGUGUGCAAAAAGAUAUGGAAAAUGUUAUACAUCCACCCAAAAGCACUUGAGAUACAGAGACUAUAAAUUAUUAUAAAAAGAUUUCUGAAGAAAAUGCGGCUUCAUUGAGAAAUUAUUUACAGCCCAGUUUAGGUUUACCGUGUGCAGUGGAUACGGAAAGUACACUUUCCAAUGUCACCUCUAUACAAUCCCAGUUACAAUCAUUAUAUGAAACAUGUCAUGAUCCUUUGAAAAUCUAUCAAAGUCUUCAACAACAACAACAACAGCAACCAACAACUCAAAUCCAUAGCAGU